UUUAAUUCUUGUUAUUCAUAAACACUUAGGUUCUUGUUUUUUGGUUAGAAGAAUUUGCUAAGUAGGAAAAAAAAAAUGGAAGAAGUAGAGAUACCUCAAUAUUUCUUGUGUCCUAUAUCACUUAUGAUCAUGAAAGAUCCGGUAACGACGGUGACCGGAAUAACGUAUGACAGGGAGAAUAUCGAGAUGUGGUUGUUAACGGCGGAGGAAGAGUCGGCGACGUGUCCAGUGACAAAGCAGAAAUUGCCUAGAGACAUUGAGUUAUUGACACCAAAUCAUAUGCUCAGGCGACUUAUUCAAGGUUGGUGCAUUGCCAAUGCAAGUUAUGGGAUUGACAGAAUUCCAACUCCUAAAUAUCCUUUGGACAAAUCCCAUAUGCUUCGACUAGUUCGUCAGGUGAAUAAUGAUCAGCUUCGUGUUGAAGCAUUGAAGAAAAUUGAUGCUUUUGUGAUUGAGAAUGGGAAGAACAGGAAGUGCUUGGAGGAAGUUGGUGCAAUUAAGGCAAUGAUUUCUGUUAUAGUGAAAAGUUAUAAGGAAAGAAAACUAAUCACCGGCCUUGAAGAAGCUUUGAGAAUUUUCCACCGUGUUUGGAGCCCAACAACUGAAAAUAAACAAAUCGUCAAGGAAAACCAUGACCUAGUUGAAGCUAUUUUAUGGAUUUUGAGAAGUGAAAUGACCAAAAAUAAAGUUGUUAUCAAGACUCACGCGAUGAUGGUGUUGAAAAACGUGAUAGAGGUCUUGAGUUCAAAUCAUCAAUCGGGACUACACCCCGAAUUUUUUCAAGAAAUGGUGAAUAUUUUACGAAAAGAAAGCAAACAUCACAUCUCUCAACAAGCAACAAAAGCAGCUUUGCAAGUGCUAAUAGAUGCUUGUCAAUGGGGAAGAAACAAGCAAAAGAUAGUGGAAUCGGGAGCCAUAUUCGAGCUAAUAGAGCUCGAAUUAUGUAACCCAGAAGAAAGGCUUUCGGAAUUGGUACUUUGCGUUUUGGCUCAUUUAUGUACUUGUGCUGAUGGGAGGGCGGAAUUCUUAAAACAUGCAGCUGGAAUUGCUGUUGUUACUAAAAGGAUACUAAGGGUUUCAUCAGCUUUAGAUGAUUGUGCAAUUCAAAUUCUUGGAUCAAUUGCUAAGUGUUCAGCUACAAAAGAAGUGUUAAUGGAGAUGUUGAGAGUUGGAGCUGUGUCAAAGCUUUGCAUGGUGAUUCAAGCAGAUUGUGAAGAUUAUUUAAAGAAGAAAGCUAUGGAGAUCUUGAGGACACAUUCUUAUGCUUGGGGUAAUUCUCCAUGUAUACAAGUUUGUCUCUUGACUUGAUAUCCUGGACGAUAGAGCUAGCCCUAUAUUCCUAAAUUAAUGUUUUAUUCUUUUCUUUUCUUAACGAUACAUGUAUAAAUACAACAACAUUAUAUUGUAUCCCCUUUACUUUUCAAAAGAGAAAAAACUCUAGCGAAGAUCCUAGAAACACCAUAUAGAAGUUAUGAAGACUAUUACAAAUGGCGUCUUAAUUAAUAUGUGA